AUGGCGCAAAGCCCUACCAUUGAUGCUAAUGUCAAGGAUGAAGUGCCAUUGGACUCGAUGCUUUUGGUUAUUGCAGGUGGCGGAUUCUGGUUUGGUGUGAGGAGUGUUUGGUGCGUGAUUUCGGUUGGGGCUGGUUUGGGUGAUGGUGGUGGAGCAAGAUACAUUACCUACGGUGAAGUCAUAGUUUUAAUUAUGGAGGUAGUCAGUUAUGGUGGAUGGGUGUUGGUGAGGUUCGGGCAAUGGGCUGUUGGGUUCGCUUGGGCUGCAGGGCAAUGGGAGUUGCAGCAGCAGAGAUGGUUAGAUUGUGGUAUUCGAGCUGUGACAGUGGUGGAUAAGAGAAUGAUGGCUUGGGGUGAGGCUAUCAAUGGCGGGCUAGAGGUGAUGGUUUCUUGGCAGUACAAGAGAACAGAGGGGAGUGAAGAAGAUGAUGGGUGUAUGGGUGAGAGAAAGGAGGUCUGUGGAGGCGUGUAUAGUGGGCUAGAGAGGGACAGUGGGGUUUGCAGGCUUGGUGGGCGGCUGCCAUGGAGGCGUGAAGAGGCUACUGUGCUUGUAGAGCUGAGUUGGUGGCGUGAGUUUAUGGUGAAGGGAGAUAGAAGUGGCGGUGUGGAAUGGUUUGUGGAGGCAGGUGUGAAAGAUGGAGCUGAUGAUCCUGGCGUUGGGGACUAUUCAUUCAAGGUCAACCCAAAUGGCUCCCCACAGUUCUUUCUCUACAAGGGUACAAACCCUUCCUGGCGGACUGCCCCGUGGCCAUGGAAAGGCCAUAGGAAUUUGUACCACCUUAUUUUUAUUAACAAUCAAGAUGAAAUAUCCUUGUCUUACAAUGUUCCUGAUGGUUCUGUUAUCAUGAGAAAAAUGUUGGAUCAUUCAGGAUUUAUAUCAGUUGCGACAUGGCACGGAAGUGAUGGCAAAUGGAAGGAGUUCUGGAAGGCACCUCAGUUUCGUUGCGACUCUUAUGGAAAGUGUGGUGCUUAUAGCACAUGUCAAUCUGCAGAUGUUGUUAUGUUUGAAUGUGCAUGCUUACCUGGCUACGAGCCCAAAUACCCAAGGGACUGGUUUUUGAGGGAUGGGUCUGGUGGUUGUGUUAGGAAGAGACUAGAAUCCUCCUCAGUAUGUGGUAAAGGAGAAGGGUUUGUAAAGGUGGAAAUUGUGUUUCUUCCUGAUACUUCAGCUGCAGUUUGGAUGGACAUGAGCACGACGGGUCCAAACUGUGAACUGGAAUGCAAAAGGAAUUGUUCAUGCUCAGCGUACUCAGUCAUAGAUAUUCCUGGGAACCAGAGUGGUUGCUUGACAUGGUAUGGAGAACUAAUGGACAUCAUUUCUGAUAGGGAGGAAAGGUCUGAUCUGUACAUUCGUGUUGAUGCUCUUGAAUUAGGUAUUGUGUUACUGCCAGGCACCAAUUCAAACUGA